GUUUGGAGCGCGCAAAAGCGGUGCCAUAUUCAAGAUAGAGGGCUGCUUCUAGACUGUUCUCUCUGCACCUCUCCUUUUCUUUCGAACGUAUAAUUAUAUAUCUAUCUUAUAUCAAGCGUAAAGAGUGUCGAAUAGUGCAGCUACAGAGAACAGACGCGAUUCUGACUCCAAGUAUUAUACUUCUUCUCAACGAUAACCACCACAGAAAAUUUUGGAGGGUUCGAACAGCAAGUGACUUGCAUUUGUCAGAAGUGUGAUCUCCAGGUAUCGGUCGGGGAAUACCGAUUGCAUUUCGCUUUGUGUAAAAUUCGUGUUGUUGCAUAAAAUUCAUUGAAACUCCAAAGACAAUAAUGGCAACAAAAACCGAAGAGAUGAGGUUAGAUAUCGAGGAACUCAACAGCUUACUCAAGCAGGCUAACAGACAACAUAACAAAGAUGUAUUAACGCUGGAAAUCAGGAAGCUGCAGACGGAGAUGGCAAAAUUGGAACAAAAAGAUACAUCCGUUAAGACUACAACAACCUCCUCGCUCAACACUGCCCAAAGGUGCUAUGAAGUGAAAUUGAACAAUUAUGGGUGGGAUCAGACGAACACGACGAUGAAGAUCUAUAUAACGUUGAACGACGUUCAUCAGCUACCCAAGGAAGCCGUCGUUUGCAAUUUUACAGAGAAAUCUCUAGAUCUGCGCAUACUUGGACUGAACAAUAAGAAUUAUCACUUGCCAAUUAAUAAUCUGUGUGCGGAGAUCGACACUGAGAAGAGUAACUUCAAAGUAAAGACUGAUAUGAUUGUCGUGUCGCUCGCGAAAAAAGUUGCCAAGGACUGGUCGCAUGUCACAUUGGUGGAGAAGAGAAUCAAGGAUGCAAAAACACCAUCCAUGCCUGAGCUGGGUGAGGACAAUGAUCCUAAUGCUAGCCUGAUGAAUCUAAUGAAGAAGAUGUAUCAGGACGGCGACGACGAGAUGAAGAAAACGAUAGCAAAGGCAUGGACUGAGAGCCAGGAGAAACAGAGGAACAGCACGACCUUGGACAUGUAAUUUCAUGAUGAUCUAGGUCUAAUCUAGGUGUGUUUUGCAUAUUUCUUUUUUUAUAUGUUAAAAAAUAUAAUAUAAAAUUUUAUGGAGUAAUGCUUAGGAAGCAGGAGUGUAGAAAGCCAUAACAUGUUUAUUCGUUCUUUGCUGUAAAGAGAGUGAAUAAAUCGCGUUGGUAUAAUUAUGUAAGUUUUAAGCCUUUUAAGAUUAAAAGGAAGUUUUCCCCUUCUAAUCUGAUUGCAGAAAAUAAUAUAAAAAUUUAGAUUAUACGCCUGUUCUUUAUAACUUUCUUUUUACAUUGAGAAGACAGAAAGAGAAAAGAUAAACUUUGCAUUAAAUUUAGCUAAGAAAAUCUAUUUUUAUUUUGGAAACAAUUAUAAAAUAAACAAUUAAAACAUUUUAAUUUUAAUUGGAAAAUAUUGAAAGUUUUUUGGAAUAUUUUUAGUUAUGUGAAAAACUAAAUUUGAAUAAACAUUAUUUUUAUAUUCAGAAAUAAUUAUUACCACUGUUAUUAUUGAUAUUGAACUAUUAGGAAAAAAAUGAUAAGCGCAUUUGCAUUUUCGGAUUAUUAUACAUUCAUUGUAUCAUUGGAGGAGUUAAUAAAACAACAUGCCCCAAUUAA